GAUGGAUUGCAGACAGUUGAUGUUUUGGCAUCCAGAGAGAGACAGCAGCCUGCGCAAUGACAGAGAGCUAUUCUGUGCUGAACCAGGGGCAGGAGAAUGAAUUGGAGUUGUUUGGAUACAAAACUGUCUGGUGGCGCCAAGCUCUCUGUGUUGUAGGUCAUAUUAUUUCCCUUGGGUUUCUCCAACUCCUGUUUUACUGGAGACCAGAGUUGGAUGUCUGGUGUCGGUGUGCCCCGUGCCGCUUGAUGGAAGCUGAUGUUGUAUUAAUUAGAACCACUGAUGAACACAGGGAAUACUCAAAAAGGAAGGUGCUAGAGAUCAGUCCUUGCACAGGAGGAUCAAAACCCGUCCAUCAGAUUGUCACUGAGAAAAACUCCAUCAUCAGCAAAUUAAUAACGGAGCCAGAGGGCAGGAUGCGCUAUAUGGAGGUACAGAAAAUUCGUUAUGCCUGGAAUACAGUUGAGGGGAAGUUUCAGCGAAUUGGUGUUCUGGAUGAAGAGCUGUCUUGCUUAGACAUAUACUCCAAAUUUGGUUCUGGUCUGUCCCCUGAAGAUCGAGAGAUCAGGCAAAGGGUGUGUGGUCCUAACUCAAUAGAAGUGAAAAUCAAACCAGUCUGGGUUCUACUCUUCAAAGAGAUCUUCAACCCAUUUUAUGUUUUCCAAGCCUAUUCUAUAUGUCUGUGGCUUUCUAAUAACUAUGUAGAAUACGCCUGUGCCAUUUUAGCUAUGACUCUUGUUUCGGUUGCUGCGACUAUCUAUAACCUGAGAGCGCAAUCUGUGAAACUACACAAAAUGUCCAUCUCUUUUAACAGCAUCAUGGUGACUGUGCUUCAUAAGAAUGGAGAACUUAAGGAAGUAGAAGCUCAAUCUUUGGUCCCUGGGGAUGUGAUCGUACUGGCAGAAACCAAUCGCUCCUUGCCCUGUGAUGCCAUAUUAAUAAGUGGAGGAUGCACGGUCAACGAAGGAAUGCUAACAGGUGAAAGUGUUCCGGUCACAAAGAUCCCCUUGCCUUGCUCGGAGGGCUCCGUCCCAUGGAAAACACAAAGUGGCGACGACUACAAGAAACACGUUCUGUUUUGUGGAUCUGAGCUCAUCCAGACAAAGGCGCAGAGUCAGGAGCUGGUAAAAGCCGUUGUGCUUCAAACAGGAUUUAAUACCACAAAAGGAGAUCUCCUGAAAUCCAUUCUGUAUAACAAAUCCAUAAAUGUAAAGCUCCACAGACAGGCCAUGUACGUCGUUCUUAUACUUGUGGUCUUUACUUUGGGGGAAGCUGUAUAUACUGCAGUCAUCUUUACUUAUUAUGAGGCCAGCGUGCAGGACACCGUGCUGAUGUGCCUUAUAGUGCUAAGCGUAGCAGUCAAUGCUGCUCUACCAGCUUCCCUGACACUGGGGCUUCUCUAUGCUCAGACGAGGCUGAAGAAACUGGGAAUUUUCUGCAUUAGCCCCCAGAGGAUCAAUCUAGCUGGGCAACUGAACCUCUUCUGUUUUGACAAAACUGGUACAUUGACAGAAGAUUUUUUGGAUUUGCAUGGCGUUGUUCCUUUCAGUGGAGGCAGCUUUCAGGACAUACAUUUCUUUACCACUGGAAAAACCUUGCCAUGGGGACCUCUUCUGGGAGCAAUGACAAGUUGCCACUCACUCAUUAUGCUCAAUGGUAAAAUGCUUGGAGACCCGUUGGAUGUGAAGAUGUUCGAAGGGACCGGCUGGGAGUUUAAGAGUCACGCAGCUCAUAGAACAAAAGAUGGAGAAUUAAUUUCAUGUACUUUGGUCAAACCUGCAGCCGGAGCUGGGGAGGACCCGGUGGAAGGAAUCGCCAUUUUGCAUCAAUUCCCCUUUUCUUCCAGCCUUAAGCGCAUGUCGGUUAUUACACAGAUUAUUGGAGAGAGGGACCUCACGGUGUUUGUGAAGGGGGCUCCAGAGGUGGUUAUUGAACUUUGCAAACCAGGAACAGUGCCACCCAAUGUCUCUGAGAAACUUGACUACUAUACAACUCAAGGUUUUCGAGUCAUAGGACUAGCGUAUCGAUUAUUUAUGAAUGAAAGCCUACCAGAUCUGCAUCACAUAGAACGGGAUAUGAUAGAGACAGACCUCAUUUUCCUAGGGUUACUGAUACUGGAAAAUCGUCUGAAGCCAGAGACAAUCUCAGUGCUCCAGGAACUCGCUGCCGCCAACAUACGGAAUGUGAUGAUCACAGGGGAUAAUCUGCAAACAGCUCUUAAUAUUGGUACAAACUGUGGCAUGAUCCCCAAAUCCAGCAAACUUAUCUUAGUAGAAGCCAACGAACCCCAAAAACAUGUCCCUGCAUCAAUCACUUGGAAAACAAUCAUUCAAAACGAAGAAAAUAAGCACAAAGAAAGUAUUUUACCUAUCAAUAUGAAUGACGGAUGGAAUCACAACACAUUUCAGCCAGUAAAGUAUCACUUUGCAAUGGAUGGGAAAGCCUUUGAGAUAUUGUUGCAGCAUUUCUAUAACUUGGUUCCAAAGGUACUUCUAAAUGGGACAAUAUUUGCAAGAAUGACGCCAAGACAAAAAUCAAGUCUUAUUGAAGAAUUUCAAAAAAUAGAUUACCAUGUUGGAAUGUGUGGAGAUGGGGCAAAUGAUUGUGGGGCACUUAAAAUGGCCAAUGUUGGAAUCUCCUUGUCUGAGCUCGAGGCAUCUGUUGCUUCACCUUUUACUUCAAACAUCCCAAAUAUUAAAUGUGUGACUACGCUAAUCAAGGAAGGCCGAAAUGCUCUUGUCUCUUCUUUCACCGUAUUUAAAUUUUUAACCAUGGUUACCCUGCUUGCACUGACUUCAUUUGUACUUUUGUUUUUGAAACAAGCACUUCUCGGGAAUAUUCAGUUUACCUUGCAGGAUAUUGGCAUCAUGGUUGUUUUUUCUUUAACAGCAAGCUUAAAUGGUCCGGCCCCAAAACUAGCACCAUACAGACCCCCUGGGCAACUUCUCUCUCCUUCUUUGUUGCUCUCUGUUACUUUGCACUGUUUACUGAAUAUCGCUCUGGAAGUGACUGCAUUUUUACUACUUCAGCAGCAGCCAUGGAUUAAUGAAAGUGAUGUUAUCAGCGCAUGUCAGCCAUUAAACCACAGCACAGGAAAUGUCACCACCACAGAAGUUGCUUCUGCCUCUGCGGCCUCACUAGUCACUACAGUGUUCUUUAUAAGCAGCAUGAACUACAUUGUCUUGGAGUUUGUCUUUUCUAAAGGAAGACCAUUCAGAAAACGCCUACACACCAACUAUUUACUCAGCUUCAUGAUGGUCUUACAAGUAGCAGUUCUUUUAUUUCUUUUGUUUGCUGAUAUUGAAUCAGUUUACACAGCUUUAGAGUUGGCUUGCACUCCUUAUUACUGGCGAGUCUACAUUCUUAUUAUGGGGUUAGUACAUUUUGCUGUGUCCUACGCUAUAGAGGAGGGAAUCAUUGAGAACAGAAGCCUCUGGUUAUGGUUAAAGAGACGAUCUAACUACCAAUCAAAAAGCCUCUACAGGAAACUGCAGAGAAGAUCAGAGACGGACACCGAGUGGCCUCCGCAAAAUAGAACAGAUUAUGCAAUUAAGUCAGUUUCUGUAACGGACAGAGAUAUUCUUGUUAUUCAAAAUGCCUCUUACCAACCCCCAACUGCCAAUGACUGAGAAUCUCCUUGUCGGCAGAAUAUAAUAUAAUAUAGAUAUAAUAUAAUUCAUCAGUAGCAAAAGGAUUGGCAUUCAGUAGCUGCAUCCAAUGUACCUGGGGUGCGAUGUAUGUUUGUUGUCUGGAGUGAAAAUCUGUUCAUGAAAUAAACUCUGGAUUCAUUUUCAUUUCUUA